CGCAGCGCUGUUCCGCUUCCGGCUGCCAGGAGGACGAACAGCGCCUCUGAAAUGUCUGAAGACCAAACAUCUCCAAACUCCAGACUGGACUCUGAUUGUGAGAUCUCAACACUGAAGCUGGAUGUAGAACCCUCAGAGAAGGUCCAUGUGGUUCCCCUCCACCGACGUCCGGACCUCCUGGUUCCUUGUGCAGAUCUGGUGAACUCAGAGUGGCAGAGGAGCCAGGCAGCCCGGGUCCACGCCCUCCAGAAGUCCUGCUCAGACUUCCCGGUCUGCCUGGUCCUCCUGCGGGGCCCCCGGGGGUCCGAGAGGCUGCUGGGUCACGCCCGUCUGUCCCGGGUGGUGGGUCAGGGAGGCAGCCUGUUCCUGGAGUCAGUGGUGGUCUCUAGGCCGGAGCGAGGAAAGGGUUUGGGCCGGACGCUGAUGGAGGAGACAGAGCGUUACGCUAAGAACCGAGGCUUCAGACGCCUCGUCCUCACCACCCACGACAAGCAGCACUUCUACGCCCACCUGGGAUACGUCCUGUCCACGCCGGUGCAGAACGCCGGCGCCAUGACAACCUUCGUUCCCAUGGAGAUGCUGCUGAGGUUCUCCAGGACGUCCAACGAAGAAACGCAAAGAAGGACGGAGGAUCGACAAGCUCAGGGAGGAGGUGGUGUUCUAGGAUCAUCUCCUCCUCCUCCUCCCCCCUCCAUCCCUCCUCCUCCUCCUCCUCAGUCUGUGGAGCCAAUACUUCAGACUCUGACUGAAACUCCCUACAGAGAUGCUAAAGGAACUUCCAUCUACUGGAUGCACAAAGACAUCUGAUGAACACACACACAUUAAUGUGCACACACACACACACACACACACACACACACACACACACACACACACACACACACACACACAUAUAAAACACACACAUGUUGUUGUCAGACACAGAUAAAGAACACCGAAGGAAACUCUGCUGUCAAACCAAAGGACUCAUGGAUGAAGUUGUUCCACAUUCAGACUCGGUCCUCUUCAGUCACGUCUUCAUCCGUUCAUCAGACUUCAGGUUUUCUGCAUCUUUUAUCUCCACGUCUGUGAGAACCUGACAUCUGAAGUCACUUUAAGCUAAAUUCUGGUACCGGCACAGAUCAUGAGUCUGACCAGGAAGGAAAGUGUGAAGGAUGAGGAACACUAAAAGCCAGAAAAUGGUCAUAAACCAGCAUUCUUUAACCCUCUGAACCCCAACAUCUGCCAGCAGGUUUAAAAGGUGUGUUAUCUAUUUAGAAAUCUGCUAAAUGAAAUCAUUUAUCAAUGCAGAGAAACUAAAAACAGAAACAAUCUUUGGAUUUUUACCUUCAGAUGGUCGUUAAACUCCUCUGAAAGCUCCAGGUCUCCACAGAGGAAAGACUUUAGACGUUCUCAAAUUAAACUCAGGAAAUAUUUGGAUUUUCACAGUCAGAGGAUUUUCCAUUUCCAGAGAAGAAGCAUUUAUAUCUGGAGAACCAAACUGUUUCAAAUCCACUCCAUCCAGAACUAUUGAGAGCAUUUAAUGUGUGAUGGGAUGUCUGGAGGUGGAAUGGAUGGUUUGAUUUAUCUGGUUUAUGGUGACGUUUUUUAGAAAAGGUCUGCUUUCUGCAGAAACAAAUACAAUCACUGCUUUAGUCAGAGUCCAGAUAACAGGUUUCUAAGCUGAUAAAUGGAUUUUAUGUUUACUUGAAGACGCCACUAAUAAUUUAUAAAUAAUAGUGUCAGAAAUCAAACCUCAAUCUUUUAUCUGCUGCUGUUGUUAAAUUAUGGGAUGUUGUGAUGUUCACCAGGAGUUCUGAAUGUGCUGUUUAUUGAACCUUUUAAAGGUUUGUUACAUUUCUGAAAAAUAAUGGAAAUAAAGAGAGUUUAUUAAAUA